AUGAUGGUCCGAAUUAACGCAUUUGCCGUGGAGCAAUGGAUGGAUCUGUAUGAAACAAGCGCAAAGCAUAACCUCGCCGAAACGUGCUGCGCGUCCAUCUCCCUCAACGACCUGUUAGCCCUAUCCCCGAAAAAGGAUCUGGUAGACUACACGCAGAAGCAAGUCUACGGCGCUAUCCGGGGAUCUGAGGCUCUGAGGACCAACAUCGCGAACCUGUAUUCGCAAUCUGAAUCUACCGAAGCCAGCCCAGUGUCUGCUGAUCGAGUCCUUGUCACAAACGGUGCCAUCCAGGCUAAUUUCCUGGCGCUGUAUACUCACGUCGGGCCGGAGGAUCAUGUUAUUUGUCAGUAUCCGACAUAUCAACAAUUAUACUCUGUCCCCGAGUCUUUUGGGGCGGAGGUCAGUCUGUGGCGGUCGGAUGAGGGAAAUGGAUGGGGGAUGGAUUUAGGGAAGUUGAGGUGUUUGAUUCGGCCGAACACGAGGAUGAUUAUUUUGAACAACCCCCAGAAUCCAACUGGGGCGAUUCUUCGUCGUGAAGAAUUGCAGGGGAUUGUUGAUAUCGCGCGCGAACAUGGUAUCCUGAUUCAUUCUGAUGAGGUUUAUCGACCCCUGUUUCAUUCUCUUGACUGUGGUCAAGAGGUUCCACCGUCUAUUCUUGAAUUUGAGUAUGAGAAUGUCAUUGCCACGGGUUCCAUGUCAAAAGCUUUCAGCUUGGCCGGGAUCCGAUUGGGUUGGAUCGCUUCGCUUAAUGCUGAGAUUAUUGAAGCAUGUGCCUCUGCUCGUGACUACACACUCAUUUCGGUUAGUCAAAUCGAUGAUAGUGUGGCGACUCAUGCGUUGUCUAGUCCAUGCGUGGAAACCCUAUUGCGACGCAAUAUUCGCCUGUCUCAGCAGAAUCUCGAUGCCCUUGAGGCGUUCAUUGAAGAGUACAGCUGGGCUAUGAAGUGGACAAAGCCAAAGGCUGGAACAACUGCGUUCAUAAAAUUUGUUGACAGGGAAGGGAGGGCAAUUGAUGAUGUCGUGUUCUGCCGGCGACUCCAGGAAAUGACUGGGGUGAUGCUUGUUCCUGGAAGUCAAUGCUUUGGGGGUGGGGUGGACUUCCGCGGAUAUGUGAGACUGGGCUAUGUCCAGGAUAGCCAUGUGAUAUUUGAUGGAUUGAACGCCUCGAGACAGUUUAUGCGCGAUGAAUAUGAAAAGCUGCCGCUGGCUUGCUGA